AUGAGUUCAGCUAUGGAAAAUAAUAUUUUAUUAAAAACGGAUUCAUAUAAAAUUUCACACCAUAAACAAUAUCCACCGGAAACAACAGUUGUAUAUGCAUAUUUGGAAAGUCGUGGUGGUGAUUAUCCUGAACAAGUUUUCUUUGGUUUACAAUAUAUAUUAAAAAAACAUUUAGCCGGACAAGUUGUUACAAGAGAAUAUUUAGAACAAGGAAUAGAUUUUUGGCAUAAACAUUUUGGUUAUGAUAUUGUUAAUCGAGAAAUGUGGGAAUAUAUUAUUGAAAAAUAUGAUGGAUAUUUACCAAUACGUAUUAAAGCUGUACCAGAAGGUACAGUUGUACCAACUGGAAAUGUUUUAAUGACUAUUGAAAAUACGGAUCCAAAAUGUUCAUCAUUAACAACAUUUUUAGAAACGAUUUUAUUACAAAUUUGGUAUCCAAUUACAAUUGCUACAAAUUCCAGAGAAAUUAAAAAGAUUUUAUUACGAUCAUUAGUAAAAACAGGUGAUCCAUCUGUAAUUAAAGGGCAAUUACAUGAUUUUGGAUUUCGUGGUGUAUCAUCAUAUGAAACAUCAGCAAUUGGUUCAUGUGCACAUUUGACAUCAUUUUCUGGCACUGAUACAAUCUCUGGUUGUGUUCUAGCUCAUAAUUUUUAUUUAGCUGAGGAAAUGAUCGCAUUUUCUAUUCCGGCAUCUGAACAUUCAACAAUGGUUAGUUGGACAAAAGAAAAAGAACGAGAAGCUUAUGAAAAUAUACUGGAUAUGUAUCCAAACGGUAUUGUUGCAUGUGUAUCUGAUUCGUAUAAUAUUUAUGAUGCAUGUGAACAUAUUUGGGGUACACAAUUACAUGAUAAAAUUCUUGAACGUGAUGGAACAUUGGUUAUACGAUCUGAUUCUGGUGAUCCAAUAGAAGUUUUAGAACGUUUAUUAACUAUCCUGUAUGAUAAAUUUGGUGGAGCUGUUAAUGAAAAAGGUUUUAAAGUUCUUGAUAAACAUAUUCGAUUAAUUCAAGGUGAUGGUGUUAAUAUGAAAGCGAUUAAGGAAAUUCUCGAAUUACUCGAACGAAUUGGUUUUGCUACUGAUAAUCUUAUAUUUGGCAGUGGUGGUGGACUCUUACAAAAAUUUGAUCGCGAUACAAUGAAAUUUGCAAUAAAAUGUUCAUUUGUUGAAAUAACUGGUAUUGGUGGUAUAGCUGUUGCUAAAAAUCCUAUAACUGAUGCAGGCAAACGUAAUAAACCUGGCCGACUUAAAUUAGUUAAAGAUAAUGAUGAUACUUAUCGAACAUUGAACAGCAUAGAUCAUACUGAAGAAUAUGAUGCCGCCGAAGAUCAGUUGGUAACAGUUUUUGAAAAUGGCAAAAUUUUAUGUGAAUAUACAUUUGAUACAAUACGUGCCAACUGUGAUAUCGAUAUUGAUCGACUUGAUUCUAUUAAUUUUAUGUAG